CUAAAAAUGGAUUACAGUGACAGCGAGGACUCGCUGCUUGAAAUGUAUUCUGACUCCGAUCAAGACUCAAACGCCCCUAAUAAUCACUCCCAGAAGUGCAAGUCAUGCGGCAGCACCCGUUUCGAUAGGCUCAAUGGCAGCCUUAUUUGCAAGAUCUGAAAGACAGUGAAUACGCUUGGUAAUAAUGUCAGAGUGGAUUUUAAGACUAAGAUGGAAGCCCAGAAGAGUAAAGCGAGGAUUAAGAAGGUUAAGGGUAAGGAUAGCAAGGAUCAUACUCCUGUUGGUGAUAAGAAGUCGAAGAGUCACAGGAUUGCGAAAUUAGUCAAGUUAGGUGAUACUUCGAGCCCGCUUAUUGAGAAUUAUGGGUGUAGGAUAUAAUGGACUGGACACGACAGUUGUUCACAAAUGUAUGUGGGAGUAAUGAGAAGAAGGAUGAAGAGAAAGUACAAACGAUAUCAGAUCACUGGGUCGAUUACUUUUUAGCAAUAACCUUUGGAAUGUUGUUGUGAGCUAGACAGAUGCGUUUGGCAAUGGGGCUAAGUGGGCAAUUCGAGCGAAUUGUAAUAAGUAUGUGGUUGAAAUAUCUGAAAUGAUGGAAAAAUAAACCUAUUAUUGGCCCUUUUACUAGUGAACGAAAAGGUGGCCUCCAGAUGGACAAGAAGAAACAAAUUAAGAGAUUCACCUUUUUCACCCAAAAACAGCUUGAGGAUUACUGUCAAAAUCUGAAAGAGACUUCUGGACCUGAGAGAGAAGACAUAAAGAAUAAAUCUUAUCUGAACCAAGUUAAGCAGGUUUAUUACGAACUCAGAAUAGAUGAAGGAGAAAUUUCUCGUAAAAGAAAUAAGAAGGCUAAUGCAAAGACUUGAAAUAACACUCUUGAGUUCUUGAAAAGAAACACUAUCUGAUAUAACGACCAUCUUUAUGUGGACUUUAAAACUCCUGAAGAUGUGUUGAUGCUUAAAAAUCAUCCUGGGAUAGACAUCCUAGAGCGAGGUAUGAUUUAUAUACAAAGGAAGUAUUCUGUCGACUUUUUGAUUGAUAAUUUUAAACUAGACCCAGUUAAGCUGUUCAGAACGAUCAAAUACAAGGGAGGCAAGCUGCUUAAUAUUGAGGACAGGACUUACACAAUCCAGAUCCUUUCAGAAAUUGCAGAGCAGAUAUAUACUAAUCUCGGUGUAAAGAAAGGGCUUUUUCUAGACAAAUUUAUAAGCAGUAGAUUAAGGAAAAGAGACAAGCUGGUCCUCCUCAUUUUCACGAUAGACUUGUCACAUAACGAAUAUUUAACUGAUAAGCAAUGUCAGAAUGUCAAUUAUAAGAAGUGGCUGAAGAGAAGAGUCCGCUCAAGUCUUGAAACUGAGUACCAGUCUUUACUAUCAGACCAGUCUCAGAUUAAGCUAGUUAAGCAAUUAGCCAAACAGGAGACAAAGAAGAUUAGAUUUGAGAAACUUUUGACUAAGUAUCUUAGCUUUUAUUAUGACUCUGUGGAGACCGAUUCUAAAACUUUUAAGCAACAGAUGAGUGAUAUUAAGGUGUCUAAACAUGAUAACCAGCAUGAUAAGUUGACUUCUGUUGAGCCCAAUACUGUGCUGAACUUCUUGAUUCUUGGAUAUUUUGAAUACGUUGCUAAAAAUUUUAAUGCUUCUGUGUACAGUGUGAAUCAAAUUCUGGAUUGUAUAAAUCAAAAUAAAAUAAACUACCUAAAUUUUGGCGAUAAUUUUGUUAAGAUUUUGGCAAACAGUAGUUUGCAAGUUAAACAUAUCUCAUCCCCUCUUCUCGUUUGCAGGUCUUUGAGAUACUUACUUCCUCAGAAUGUGAAUUCAAAACUGAAAGGGUAUUUUACUGUCCUCUGAAAGCAGGUAUGAAGAGCAAGGAAAAUUACAGGAGUUUUCCAGAUUUUUGUUAUCCAGUAUUUGCUCUCACAGUGGGACAAUUUUUCCCAACAAACAAGUUUUCCAUUUAACUCCUAUGAACUGAUCAUUGAUUGCAUCACCAAGGUCUACUCUUUAGUCUAUUUGACAGGUGUCAGCAUGGAAGACCUCAAUGCUAUUGAACCUUCUAAAGGUAGGCUAGAACAGGAGUGUCAUUUUAUUUCUAAAGAAAAAUUUGACAGCAAUUAUAUCGAGGGCUACAACUCACAAAUAAAGGAGAAGCACGAAAAGUCUAUUCCUUGGGAAGUCAAACAUUACGAGCAUUGCUCUACAGACUCUAUUUUGCCUAUUUUGGACACUGUGCAGAGCCACUUCUCUAGAAGCACUGUGUACAGCAGCCGUGACACAGAAAUAGGAGAUUUAUUUGAAGAAAUUAUGAACUUCUCCGAUGACGAGGAGGAUAUUCCUACCCUUGCACAAGGAGGUAGGGUGAUCGACAGUGACAACUCAAGUAUAAUGUCAUCAGAUGAAGAAGAUCACCUUGUCGAUAACUGAAACAUAGUUGAAGUGGAGUUAUCCAUUUCCUAACUUAUAAAUAACUAUUCCAUAU